AUGGCAACCCAACGAGUCUUCCAGCUCAGCGGCACCUGCAAUAAUUAUCCCUGGGGCAAGAAGGGGAAGCAGUCACUGGCCGCUCAGCUGUGCGCAAGAACGCCAGGCACCGACUUUAAAAUCGAAGAUGAGAAGUUCUACUCCGAGAUGUGGUUCGGUGACUACCCGGACUUUCCAGCUCGCGUGCUUGAGACGGACGAGCUGCUCGCGGACGUGCUGAAGAAGGAUCAGCAGACUCUCCUCGGAAAGAAGGUCGUGGAGACGAUGGAUGCGCAGCUGCCAUUCCUACCAAAAAUUUUAUCAAUAGCAAAGGCUCUCCCGCUCCAGCUGCAUCCAAACAAAGAUCUAGCAACCAAGCUGCACAAGCAAGAUCCAGACCAGUUUACGGACCCCAACCACAAGCCAGAGAUUGCAGUCGCCCUGUCAACAUUCGAGGUCUUCGCAGGAUUUAAGCCUCUCUCAGAGAUCCAACCCCUCUUCACUCUCUCCGCCUUGAGCUCUUACUCACCCGCUGCGCCAAAGGAGCGCUGGGAUAACGACACCCUGCGCGAGGUCACUCGCAACCUCCUCAAGGCGGACGAGGCCACGGCCAAGACGAUCGAGAGCGACCUCCUGCACACGCCGCGGUCGGAACUCCAAAAUGUCAAGGCCGACUACAUCCUUGACCUGCUCCCGCGUCUGCAGGGCCAGUACGGGCCCGGCGACGCCGGCUCGAUUGUCGCGCUGACGUGCAUGAACUUCCUAACGUUCCAGCCGCUGGACGCUAUUUACAUCCCUGCCGACGGCAUCCACGCCUACUUGUCAGGCAACAUUGUCGAGUGCAUGGCGCGGUCGAAUAAUGUUCUCAACGUGGGGUUCUGCCCGCCCGCGGAUAAGAAUAAUAUCGACAUGUUUGCGAACACCCUCACUUUCAAGUCUCACAGCAAGGAGGAUGUGGUUCUCCCCAAGCAGAAGAGUGAAAGAAGCAAGACUGGCAAGACCGAGGUGUAUAAGCCACCUCUGAGCGAGUUUGACAUGAUUAUUUCUGGACUGAGGGCUGGGGAGAGUGAUGAGCUCAAGGCUAGCGAAGGGCCGGGUGUUUUGCUUGUUACGCAGGGUACUGGAAAGAUGGGCGCGGACGGAAAGGAGUUCGAGUUGAAGGAAGGGUAUAUCUACUACGUUGCUCCAGGCGUGGACCUCAAGUGGGAGACGGAGAGUGGAAUGCAGAUAUUCAUGGCUGCUGUGUGA